CAACCCCCCCCAUCCUUCCCGUUCCCCAGGAGCCCUCGCAAGGCCCGUGCCGUGGGUGCUGGGGCGUGGGUCCCACGUCCCCGGAGCAGCUGGCAGGCCUCCCUGCCGUGGGCAGUGGCGCGGGGAUGGAUGCGUGGGGAUGGAUGCGUGGGGAUGGAUGCGUGUGCACGCGCUUCCCACGCCCCAGGCCUCCCGUGACGUCCCGGCUUCCUCCGCCGGCCUUGCGUCACCGCGGGAGGAUGUUGCCGGGCUCGGGGAACGGGGCCCUGGAGCCGGCCGGGGCGCCUCGGCUGGCCGGAGCAAUCCCUGCCUGUGUCCCCUCCUUUGUCCUUUUCCCCAGGCUUGCCCACCCGCGGCCGCUGGGCUUCCCUCUGGAUGGGGAUGUGGAAGCUGGGAGCGGGACUGGGUGAGCUCUGCCCCCUCGGGCUGUCACAUUGGCCACGUUGGUGGCGCUGGGGACCGCAGAGCGAAAGCAAAAAGGUCCCGUUUUCCUUCCAAAAUGGUCGGUUUUCGCCUUUAAAAAUCCUUCGUUUCUACAGGCAGGUUUAGGAGAGUCGGGAAUGGAGAUGCCGAGUUCUCAAAACCUCCGUGGAAGAGCCCCUCCUGCAGCCUGUGCUGCUGCUCAGCAAAUGCAGAACUACCAGGCUUUUUCCUCCUGGGAGCAGCACUGCUCUCUCCAGAGUGAUAAAAUCCCAAGGAAUGGGGAGUGUCCUUGCCCUCUGUCCACACGGGUUGCAUUUCUCCCGUGUCAUGGAGGAGGCAAAACUUCCAGAAGUAGGGUUUUUGGAGAUCCUGCAGUGACAGGGAAGGCUGGUUUGCAGCAGGAGCAGCGUCCUAGGAAAGGGAUGUGAGAUGAUUGGUUUGUUUGGGAAUACUGAUGGAGAAGGUGGAGAUGUUUGCAAUAAUGGCUCCAGGUCUGGGUCAUCAGCUUGGUGUGGGGAAGGCUGCCUUUCACACUGCCCUUGGUUGCUUGGAUGCCAAAAUUAUGGGAUUUUCCUUCUUUUAAUGGGUAAGUGGUGGUUUGGGCUGGAACAUGCCCUUCCUGCCAUCCCUUCAUCCUUCUCAGGACCAUCAAGAUUUCCUGUUACCAACAGCAAGCCAGGGGGAAAUUCUCCCUUCUCCUCUUAGUCCAGCCUUGGGACAUCUCUUCUGCUGGCCUCUGCAGUUCCUUCUCUAGCCUAUCCCCAAAGAGCCAAACCAAUUUUCCUUGAACGUUUUCAGCCUAGCUGCAAUUUUCACAGAUUUAUUCCCCACUUCCUCACUCUGAAGAGGAAGGGUAUGUUUGCUGCCUGGGGAAGGAGGGCUGGAAGAACCCCUGGAUUCCAGCGGCAGUGGCUUUGUCACCACCCUGCCCCAGCGGAGCGGGAACGUGGAUGACGCCAGCACUCCAAAGACCAGCAUUGUUCCAAACACCCGGCCACGGACAAUUUCACUCCCAGUGCUGCCAAAACAGGACUUCUUGAUGCAGCUCUGGGUCAUAGGCUUUGUUUUUGGCACAGGGAGCAAUCCCUGCUCCUUUGGGAUUGACUUGUGUAUGAAUCCAUUUGGGAUUGGGGCUAGGAAUGAUGAUGAGACCCAGUGGAGUGCACGAAGGGGGCAGAGCUGUGGCUGGCAUUGAUGCUCAGCUCCGUAACGCCUGGCUCCCUGCUGUUGAAUGGCAGUACUGGCAACCAAGCAGUUCCUGGAGGAGAUCAACAAGUGGACAGGCCAGUACAAUGUGUCCCCGCUCUCCUGGAAUGUGGCUGUCAAGUUCCUCAUGGCCCGCAAGUUCGACGUCCUGCGGGCCAUCGAGCUCUUCCACUCCUACCGGGAGACGCGGCUGAAGGAGGGAAUUGUGAAGCUGAAGCCGCACGAGGAGCCGCUGCGCUCGGAGCUGCUCAGCGGGAAGUUCACCAUUCUGAGCGUGCGGGACCCCUCAGGAGCCUCCAUCGCCCUGUUCACAGCCAAGCUGCACCACCCCAGCAAGAGUGUGCAGCACGUGGUGCUCCAGGCACUGUUCUACCUGCUGGACCGAGCUGUGGAGAGCUUUGAGACACAAAGGAAUGGGCUGGUGUUCAUCUACGACAUGGCAGGGUCACAGUACACCAACUUCGAGCUGGACCUCAGCAAGAAGAUCCUCAAUCUCCUCAAGGGUGCCUUCCCAGCUCGGCUCAAGAAGGUUUUCAUCGUGGGAGCACCCAUGUGGUUCCGCGUGCCCUACUCCAUCAUCAGCCUGCUGCUGAAGGAGAAGCUGCGGGAGCGGGUGCAGAUGGUGAAGAUGUCAGAGCUGAAAGAACACCUGCCCCGGGAAUGCCUCCCUGAGUACCUCGGAGGGUCCCUCAAACUGGACCCUCUGAGCUGGAAUUGCCGGUUCCUGCCCCAGCAGAACGGGCACCCUGAUCCCCUGGAUGAGCUCAUCCUGGUGCCGCUGGCAGCCCCCAAAGAUAACGGCUCUGUCCAUGUCCCCGGGCCCAAGUCCAUCACCCUUCAAGAGCUGCUGGAUCACGUUAGCCACAAGCAGAAACGUGGCAUCUACGAGGAGUACGAAGACAUUCGGCGCAGGAGCCCGGCCGGCACCUUCGUCUGCUCUUUGGCACCCUACAACCAGGACAAGAACCGGUAUGGGGACGUGCCCUGUCUGGACCAAACCCGGGUCAAGCUGGCAAAGCCUUACAGCCGCCCGGAGCUGACUGACUACAUCAACGCGAGCUUCAUGGAUGGCUACAAGCAGAGGAAUGCCUACAUUGGCACUCAGGGGCCUCUGGAAAACACCUACGGUGACUUCUGGCGCAUGGUGUGGGAGCAGAACGUCCUGGUGAUUGUGAUGACGACCCGGCUGGAGGAAGGAGGCAGGAGGAAGUGUGGCCAGUACUGGCCCCUGGAAAAGGAUUUCCAGGUGUGCUUUGGGGCCCUGACCAUCACCAACCUGGGUGUAGAGAACCUCAACCAUUACAAGAAAACCAUCCUGGAGAUCCACAGCUCAGAGACCAGGGAGCGGCGGCUGGUGUCCCACUUCCAGUACCUGAGCUGGCCAGAUUAUGGCGUCCCCUCUUCUGCUGCCACUCUGAUUGACUUUUUGGGGGCCGUGAAGCAGCAGCAGAGAGUGGCUGUCAGCGCCCUGGGACCUCGCUUCAAGGGUCACCCCGGAGGACCCCCGGUCGUGGUGCACUGCAGCGCUGGCAUUGGCAGGACAGGUACCUUCUGCGCGCUGGACAUCUGCCUGUCACAGCUGCAGGAUGUGGGCACUCUGAACAUCUACCAGACGGUGCUGCGCAUGCGGAGCCAGCGCGCCUUCAGCAUCCAGACCCCCGAGCAGUACUACUUCUGCUACACCGCCAUCCUCGAGCACGCCCAGCGCGAGGGCCUGCUGCUCGCCAACCACAGCCGGGCCACCCAGGAGAAGAGCUCGCCAGGGUACUGAGACCCUCCACCUCCCUGCAGACGCUGCUGCCCAUCCUCAAGGGCUGCCCGAGCCGCCUCGGUGCCCGCCGGGACUCAGCAGAGCCGUGGGGGCGGCGGUGCCGGAGCACCUCAGCUGUCAGCACUGCUAUGGAACUGUGCCUUAUUCAACCCAAACGGUGGCUGGCAUGGGAAGGGGCUUUCACUGCUCCCUGUCGUGUUUCGGUUGGGUUUGGUUGGCUGGGGAGGUGGUUUGUCUUCUCUUCAAGUUGUUGGGGUUUUUUGUUUUGUUUUUUUUUUUUUGGGGGGUUUUUGGGGGUUUUUUUGUUGUUGUUGGGACCACCUGAGAUGUACCUAGAGAGGGGCUUUGCAAAGUCCUAGGAAAUGUAUUCCCAGUAGUGCAGCUGAGGAAGAGGCACAUGCUUCGGUCUCACCUGACGCUCCAUCUGUGUGUCUGUAUGUAUGUGUGUAUAUAAUAUACCCCCGCUGUGACCCCCCGGCUAUUAUAUAGAUACAUAUAUACAACUUACCCUUUAGCAGCUCCCGGGGGUUCCCGCUGUCCUGCCACCUCACUGCUGUGAUCUCUGGAGCGGUGAGUUUGGUCUUGGUCCUGGCUCUGUCUUGUCUUCCCCCUUCCCCUUAUUUCCCCUCAUGGGCAGCGCUGGGACCCGGUACCCACUCCUGUGCUGAUCCCGCUGGAAGCACAAGGAUACUUGAUGGUGUCCCCCCUGUUCCUUUGUCUCAUCUUCCCCAUGGAGAGAGAUAGCAGCUGUGCUCCUAGGAGGAUCUGGAGGAUUGGGUUGUCUGGAGGGUGCUGAGCUUGCAGGCAUCCCCUGGCCCUUGGGCACCGCUGUGGGAGUCACUAGGUACGAGGUGACGGGGCCAUGGGGACCGACCGGCUCUCCAGGUUGUCUGGCUUUCCCAAGCUGCCACUGGGAACCCGCAGGCCCAGCCCUGCAUUGAGUCAUAGGCUGGGAAAGCGCUGAGCAAGAAUAAACCCCAAACCUGGAGAGACAACGAGCCUCUGCCCCGGCCCCAGCCCCCACCACUGCCUGGGCCUCCCCAGCUUUAUACUGUAAUAAGCUCUUUGAAUGUGUAUAUUCUUAUUUUUUUAUAAUCUUGGGGGUGGGAGGCACAGGGUUUGGGAGGUUUAGUUUUCUUUUUGGGUAUUUUUUUGUGUUUGUUUAUUUUUUUUUGUAUUUAACAUUAACUUGAUUCAAGCCAGAGCCAGAAGUAUUUGUAAAUGUUCCUAUUUUGCUCUCAGAGAAACCUUUUUGUUGUCGUUACUUUUUUGGGAGUUGUUUUGUUUUUAUUUGUAUUGAUAUAUAAAUAUACCACCAGUGACCAGUC